AUGAUUGAUGCUGUCAAGAAACACCUAUGCUCUCAGUUUCUCCUAAAAGAUUUAGGGUCCCUUAAAUACUUUCUGGGUUUAGAAAUUGCCCGUUCAAGCAAAGGAAUCCAUAUAUGUCAGAGGAAGUAUGCCCUUGAGUUGCUUGAAGAAUUUGGUAUGUUGGCAUGUAAACCUCGAGCUUCUCCCAUGGAUACCAAAGAAAAGAUUCAGUCUGAUUCAGGAGAACCUUUAUCUAAUCCGACAUUGUACAGGAAAUUGGUUGGGAAGCUCAUCUACUUAUCAGUAACUCGCCCUGAUAUUUCAUUCACAGUUCAGCGUCUUAGCCAAUUCAUGUCUGAUCCCAGAACUGCUCAUCUGGAGGCUGGUUUCCGAUUGUUACGAUACAUUAAAUCAGCUCCUGCUCAGGGUCUUCUAUAUCGAUCUGAUACGACAAUACGGCUGAGUGGCUACACUGACGCUGAUUGGGCUGCUUGUGCUGAUACAAGGCGUUCUGUUUCGGGUUUCUGCACUUUCUUAGGCGAUUCGCUCAUCACUUGGAAAUCUAAGAAGCAGAAAACUGUUUCACGGAGUAGUGUUGAGUCUGAGUAUAGAGCAAUGGCGCAGGCUACUUCAGAGCUCAUUUGGGUUUCUGGUUUGCUUCGGGAGCUUGGUGUUGAUUUUCAAGAACCUGUUACUCUGUUUUGCGAUAGCAAAUCUGCUAUUCAUAUCGCCAAUAAUCCAGUAUACCAUGAGCGCACCAAACAUAUUGAGAUAGAUUGCCAUUUUGUCCGAGAACAUCUCAAGUCCGGAUUCUUGAAGCCAUUACAUGUUGAUUCCCGGAGACAAAUUGCUAACAUUUUUACAAAGCCUUUGGCAGGGGAUCACCUUCGAAACCUCCUAUCCAAGAUGGGCAUCGCUAAUCUCCAUUCCCCAUCUUGA